AUGGCCCCCACGCAGGCCCCGCGCGCCGUCAGCCGCGACCCUCCGGACAUCGAGAACAUUCUUCAUUUAAAUCCUAGGACUCCUGCCUUCUGCAAUGUAGUUCCAAGUUUGAAGACUAAGCAAACAAAAUCACAUUGGAAAAGGAAUGCAGAUAAAUCAUGCGAAAGCUGCAAGCAGCUGGAGAACAACUUCGACGACGUGAAGCACACCACCCUGGGCGAGCGCGGCGCGCUGCGGGAGGCUGCGCGCUGCCUCAAGUGCGCCGACGCUCCGUGCCAGAAGUCCUGCCCCACGCAGCUUGAUAUCAAGAGUUUCAUCACCAGCAUCUCCAACAAGAACUACUAUGGUGCUGCUAAGGCCAUUCUAUCUGAUAAUCCGUUGGGACUGACCUGUGGAAUGGUGUGUCCUACAAGUGAUCUUUGCGUCGGCGGUUGCAACUUGCAAGCAGUUGAGGAAGGUCCUAUAAAUAUUGGAGGAUUACAACAAUUUGCCACAGAUGUAUUCAAGCAGAUGAAUAUUCCACAAUCACGCAUUCCUGGCCAGAAAGUGAUGCAUAAUGCCAGCAAAAUUGCUCUGAUAGGUUGCGGUCCAGCGUCUCUGUCGUGUGCAACGUUCCUAGCUCGGCUAGGCUACGACCACAUCACAAUAUUUGAAAGAGAAUCGUACAUUGGAGGUCUGAGCUCAUCUGAAAUACCACAAUAUCGUUUACCUUACGAUGUGGUAGAAUUUGAAGCUCAAUUAGUGCGAGAUUUAGGUGUGAAUAUAAAGACUGGUCAGGAACUGUCCACAAAAGGUCUUACGAUCAAGAGUUUACAGGACCAAGGAUAUGAAGCGAUUUUUGUUGGAAUUGGUCUGCCAGAGCCAAAAGUAAUUCCUGUAUUCUGUGGAUUAACCAAAGAGAUGGGAUUUUAUACAUCUAAAACAUUUCUUCCUGCUGUUACGAAAGGCAGUAAACCAGGCAUGUGUGCUUGUCGCAGCGGCCAGCUGCCCCAACUGCGCGGCACCGUCGUCGUGCUCGGGGCGGGCGACACCGCCUUCGACUGUGCCACGUCCGCGCUGCGCUGCGGAGCGACCAAAGUGGUCGUCGUGUUCAGGCGAGGAUUCCGCAACAUUCGAGCAGUUCCGGAAGAGGUGGAAUUGGCUAAAGAAGAAAAAUGUGAAUUUAUGCCUUUCCUGUCUCCUAAGAAAGUGAUUGUGAAAGCCAACAAAAUAACUGCAAUUCAAUUUUGCCGCAAUGAACAACAAGAUGACGGAACUUGGGUGGAAGAUGAAGAACAAGUGAUUACUCUGAAAGCAAGUUUUAUUAUAUCUGCAUUCGGCUCCGGUUUAUUCGACAAAAACGUAAUAAAUGCUCUAUCUCCUGUAAAGUUCAACAAAUAUGGUUUGCCAGACGUGAAUCCUGAGACAAUGGAGUGUAGUGUACCUGGUGUUUUUUGUGGAGGAGAUGUGGCUGGAGUUUCAGAAACAACUGUUGAGUCAGUCAAUGAUGGAAAAAUAGCGGCAUGGUCAAUUCACAAAUAUAUCCAAGAUUUGGUAACAAAUGUUUCACCCCGGAUUGUAAAAGGUACCACAUCACGUCAUCAUUAUGGACCAGAACAAUCAUCCUUUUUAAACAUUGAGCUGAUAUCCGAAAAGUCAGCUGCUUACUGGUGUCAGAGUGUUAAAGAACUUAAAACUGACUUUCCUGAUAAGAUUGUAAUUGCCAGCAUUAUGUGUGCGUAUGACAAAGAAGACUGGACAACACUCAGCCAAAUGGCUGAAGCCUCUGGUGCAGAUGCCCUGGAACUGAAUCUUUCCUGCCCACAUGGCAUGGGCGAAUCAGGCAUGGGACUGGCAUGUGGACAGAAACCUCAAUUGGUUCGAGAUAUAUCGAAAUGGGUGCGUGCAGCAAUAAAAAUCCCAUUUUUCAUUAAACUCACUCCAAAUAUCACAGAUGUUGUAACUAUAGCCCAGGCAGCAUACGAAGGUGGGGCUUCGGGAGUUUCUGCCAUAAACACUAUAAGCGGUCUCAUGGGUUUAAAAGCUGAUGGAUCUCCAUGGCCAGCUGUUGGUCAAGAAAAGAAAACAACUUACGGUGGAGUUUCUGGUAAUGCAACAAGACCAAUGGCACUACGUGCUGUAUCUGCUAUAUCAAAAUCUCUCCCUGGUUUUCCAAUAAUGGGAAUUGGAGGCGUUGAUUCAGCAGACGUUGGCCUACAGUUUCUUCGGUGUGGAGCUUCUGUGCUACAGGUUGGAAGUGCAAUUCAAAAUCAAGAUUUUACCCUUAUUGAUGACUACACGACAGGUCUCAAGGCUCUGUUGUACCUACAGAGCGUGGGCCUAGAAAAUUGGGAUGGGCAGUCACCCCCUAUUACCAAACAUCAGAAAGGAAAACCAGUGAUCUCCCUCAAGGAUGAUCUUGGCAAGACUCUACCUCAUUUUGGAAAAUACCAGAAUAUCCGAGAAGAGAAAAUUGCUGAAAUAAAGAAAGCUUCUGUUAUGCAUAAUAAUGGAAUAUCUACUGUACGCCCUGUUCAAAUUUCCAAAAAUGUCAUGAAAAUAAAUGAUGUGAUUGGCUCAGCUAUCUCUAGAAUUGGUGCAUACAAAGCUUUAAACAACCAACAACAAGUUGUGGCUCUCAUCGAUGACCAACAAACAAAUGAACAUCUCUCUUUUCUCCAUCUUCAGUGCAAAUCUCAGUCUUCAAAUGCAAAGAGGCAAUUUGUAAAAUCUGAUGAUGUUCUAAAAAAAGUUAUGAUGUAA